AACUCUAUUAUUACCGUGACCCAGAAAUUUGAAAAUUGGAAUAUACGGCGUCCGAAUUGCACUGCACUCAUUCUACGUCGCCAUGAAUGUCGCAUAGAGCGGGUACUGUGUGCACACACGUCUCUCCUACGGUAGUCGUCUUCAUCGUUACACGGUAAAUAUAGUGCUUUAUGCAGUAGGGAUGCUGGGUGCGUGGUUGUUUAUUGGUAUUCAUAAAAACAACCACCCAAACUACCACAAAACCCCAAAAGAAUCUCGGACGUCAUUGUCAGAUGUUGCAUAGAUUAUGAAAAUCGUGCGAUUGGCUGCCUUUUGAAAUAACAAAGAUGAAGAAAACACUUGAGCACCAGCGCAGCCGCUGAUUGGUGGACGGCAGGCCUAAGGUUACUGGUACGCCCACAUUGGUCUUUGGUGCCGGUCGGCGGAAUGCUCUCUUUCAGAGAGACCGGCGAAGGCGCGAGCACACGCUGAACAUUGCUCUCUGGCCAACUCAGGGCGAUGUUCCUUCUUCUUCUAGGACUGUGACGAACACCUUUUUUUUCGAGACAGCUUUCGGCCUGCCAUCACUCCCGUGGCGCGCACAGAAGAUGGACGAGUUCAUCAACGAGACGGACUGGAACGAGACGGAUGCUUCCAACGAAACGGAGAGAAUCUUGGUCCCUCCACAGUACCCCGGCGUGCUGCUGGUCCAGAGUCUCAGCCCCCUGCUCAUCCCCAUGUUUGGCGCCAUCGUGCUCGUGGGGGUUGUCGGGAACGUGCUACUCACCUACGUCAUCCUCCGCAACAAGAGCAUGCGCAGUGUGACGAACGUCUUCAUCUGUAACCUGGCUGUGUCAGACAUCGCCACCUGCGUCAUGUGCAUCCCCUUCACCCUGGCCUACUCACUGGAUCACAGCUGGUACUUUGGAGAGGUGAUGUGCUACCUGGUCUUUUCCCUCCAACCCACGUCUGUCUACCUGUCAAUCAUGACCCUGACUGCCAUUGCUAUCGACCGCUACUACGUCAUCAUGUACCCCUUCAAGCCCCGGAUGUCCAUGCGGACCUGUGCCACCAUUAUCGGACUGAUCUGGCUGGUAGCGGUUGGACUCUCGCUGCCUGUGGGCAUCAACACCCACUAUCUGGACUUCACUGAGAUCGGCCUGGACUUCUACGUGUGUAAGGAGAUAUGGGACGAGAGGAAGCAGCAGAUGAUCUACACCAACACAAUGUGGGUGGUGCAGUACUGGCUGCCCCUGCUCAUGAUCUCCGCUGCAUAUGCCAAGAUUGGACACAAACUGCGCAACCGCGUGAUGCCCGGAUCUAUGACCGAGCGUCAGCAGGAGGAGCAGAACCGGCGCAAGCGCAGAACGAACCGCCUAAUGAUGAGCGUGGUGGUGGCCUUCGCCAUCUGCUGGUUCCCCAUCAACAUCUUCAACGUCAUCAAUGACGUCAACAUCGACCUCAUCCACGAGAAGUACUACAACUUGAUCCAGCUGCUCUGCCUGUGGUUCGCCAUGCUGUCGUCCUGCGUCAACCCGUUCCUGUACGCCUGGAAACACGACUCCUUCCGCAAGCACCUGCGCAAGACCUUCCUCAAGACCUACAGAUAUCUGCGAAACCAGGAUCAGAACCAGGUGCAUCCCCUGGAGCCGUGCGGUGCGGACACUGUCGCCUCACAAGGUCCCAGCUGACUAGAUGUGACAAACGUCAACACCUCCAUCACAUAUCUGUAAGAGCCCGGAUGUUCCAGUCACAUAUUUAAGGCCUAUCCAAAUACCCUGAUGGCAAAUAGUGCCCAUAAAGGCGUUGACUUAUCGACGUCUCUCAUGACAAGCCGGCUUUUUUCAAAAAGUCUCGCAAAGUCUCAAGGUGAUAAACAGGCUAGUCAAAUAAAACGUACAAAAUAUUACCAGUUUAACGUUACGUGAUGCACACACUAUAUAGACAACAAAAAGGGUAUAAUUGAUAGUGAAGAAAAACGUAAUUUGACAGUUCUUACACAUUAAAACUUAAUCUUUGGACAAACGCUAUGGCAUGAAUCAAAAUCAGUACCAGGUUUCUCAGAGUUGUGACUGAUAAUCGCAAAUAUGGUUGCGAUGGCGGGAUCACCAUUUCCUGAAAUUUUAGAAAGGACAGGCCGUCAGCCAUACAACCAUGAUAGAUUUUGACCCCUGUAUCACACAUUGAAAUUUAAUCUCACUGUGUCAAAGCGUCAGACCUGUCUGUUACCGGAACGUCAUGCCAGUUACGCCUGCUGCAUGGUAGUUGGUAUUUUUCGAAAUGACAAAGAGAGGGAAGGUUUCAUGUUUUCUUAUUUUCAUCUUUUAUUAUGUGUGUCCACUCUGGUAAAAAAUACGACACAUACUUGGUAGUUACGAUUGUCAGACAGAAAAGUUCAUUUGUGACUAUAGCUAACUAUCACCAUUCCAUAUUCACUGAAAACAUUUGUAUUUUACCUUCGCCAAGAAAGUUAUGUUUUCGGCACUCACUUUCACUGUCUGUCUGUCUGUCUGUCUGUCUGCCUUUGAGCAAGAUAACAACUAGAUGGAUUUUAUUGAUAUUUGGUCUUCGUGGGACCUCAAACAGAUUAGAUUUUGGCCCCCUAUUGACUUUCCAUGGUACUGCAGUGAAACUUUUGGUUUUUAUGUCUCGUGUUCUGGACACAAUCUAUAGUAACGACAGUCCUUGCUGUCGGAAUAAGAUUGGCCCUCUAGCCGCGUGUCGGGAACUGCAUGUUGCGUUUUAGUUGUAGAAUUUGGAAGGGAUAAGUCAAGAAGGGAUAAAUAAAUUUUCCUGACUUUGGUCCUGUAGGCAACUUUGAUAAAGAGCAAAAUUAUUAGAAAAAAUAUUUGUAUAGACCGCAUAUCAUCUGUAAUUAUGCAAAUACAUGUAUACGUGGCUCUUUUGUACUUGAUUUUAAAAAAACGUAGAGGUAUGCUUAUUCUACAAAUUAGGACCUUAUUCAAAUAAGUAAUGUUUCAACUUUGCUAAAUGACAGGAACUCCGUGCUCAGUGUAAGUCGGUUCGAGAAGAACAUCAAUUCAUGACCUGAUUUGCAUAAAUGUUGAAAUAUUGUACAAGUAUAAUGUAAAUGAUGGCAUACACGAGUAGUAGUAAAUGAUGACCUAUAGUGAGAGAUGUGUCGCGCAACAACCCAGUAAUAUAAGAUUGUCUAGCUCUAUAGUUGCUGCCCUCUUUCAGCGAUAGAGCAAUGACGUCAGUAUUUUGUUUGGUGUCAACAAUAUCAUCUGUUUCUGAAAGAAAUGCUGACGUAUGUUAUGAAUAUCUAAGUUUAUCUAAGUUUAUCAUAUAAAUACAUUGCGUUCGGGAAAACAAUGUUAGUGUACGUGAUAUACAUAACAGGACGGAAAUAUACUACCUGCACUGUAACAUAGCGCGCCGUCGAGGGUAACCGCAACUUUAAGUGCAGUCGGAUACCUAUUGAGACUACACAAUGGUUUUGUGUCGUACUUCAUAUCACUGUUGGUGUUCAAGGUAAAUUCAUGAAGAGCGCACUGUAGGGUGCACGUUGAUGUUUAUGUACAUAUUAUGGGCUACAAUAUAGUGAAGGAAUGCAGUAAAACGGCCGUUUGUGUUGGUUGUAAGUAAAACUUGUAUUGAUGUUAUUGAAUUAAUACGGCCCUAUCUUUUUAGAUGUUACACGUUUAGGUUCAAAGUACAAGUAUCGUGUGAGAGUCAUGCCUAUCUGAUGUUUAAGUGCUGUGUUCAUGCGGUACGUAUCGGUUUUAUUCAGCUAUCACUCACUCACUCAUCUUGUACCUUACGCUUUGUUCAUGUUAAAGUUAGUCAUUGGAACGGAAACAUUUUAGCAUCACAUCAUCCUAACCAGGAUACAUGUACAUUACCACGUCACAGAUCCUACAUCUGCCGUGCUGAUAUCAGUAUUCCAGAUAUAUUAAGAGGCUGUAGUGUUCCUUAGUGUAGUCAUAUCGCUCCUGUUCGUGGACGGGAUUGUUAUUUUUCUUGACAUGCCUACGACGUGCAUUCAUAUUGUGUGUACUAUCUAUAUGAAAUUUACUAAUUAGGUAUUUUCUAUCGCAAGGGACCGAUAAGAAUGCAGCCGAAGAGUGUCUAAAAUGAUAUAGAUGUCACCUGCUUAAUACAAGUUACAAAAUAAAAAUGGCGGUAAAAGCACAGAAGAAAUACAUUCUGAAAUACAUUCUUCACAUCCACUCUCGAUUCAUACUAGUCGGUCCCUAAAUGGUAUGACGUUGUUAGAAGUCAGAUAGAUGUGUAAUGUUUAUAUAACUUGACAAAUGACAAUAGACUUGCUCUGCGCCCUCUGGUUACAUAAUAACCACUACAUUACAAAGAUAUUACCGUGAUGCCUCAUAAGAUGUAAUCGUCCAAGGCGCCUGUGUGGAGAGUUGACAUUUAUCAGAUCUUAAAUAAUACCCAAGAUUCACACGCCAAUAUAUAAAGAGACUAAGGGAAAGACAGCUCUUUAUUUGGUUAGGAGGCAUUACCUAAAAUGCAGUAAGUGCCGGCGGCAAAGAUUUGAUAGAAUGAUAUGGUGUUGAAUAAAGUG